GAGAUGUAUGCAUUUCAAUUCUUCAUCCGCCUGUAGAUGACCCACAGAGUGGAGAACUGCCUUCUGAAAGGUGGAACCCUACUCAGAAUGUGAGGACUAUCCUGUUAAGUGUAAUCUCACUGCUUAAUGAGCCCAACACCUUCUCCCCAGCCAAUGUGGAUGCUUCAGUUAUGUUCAGGAAAUGGAGAGACAGUAAAGGAAAAGACAAAGAAUAUGCUGAAAUCAUUAGGAAACAGGUUUCAGCCACUAAGGCCGAAGCAGAAAAGGAUGGAGUGAAGGUCCCCACGACCCUGGCGGAAUACUGCAUCAAAACUAAAGUGCCUUCCAAUGACAACAGCUCAGAUUUGCUUUAUGACGACUUGUAUGACGACGACAUUGAUGAUGAAGAUGAAGAGGAGGAAGAUGCCGACUGUUACGAUGAUGACGAUUCUGGGAACGAGGAGUCGUGACGUGCUCCUUCAGUGCCCCUGUACUGCCCUGCCGUCGGAGGCCGAAGGGAGGGGAGCAAGUGGGGACCUAGCAUUGGCCCCUCAGCAAAAACCUAUUCACAGCAGGUGGGGAAACACACACAGCUCCUGCUGACUCCCCUCAUGGAUCUCAGUUUGCUCCUUUUUAUGGACCUUUAAUGGAGAGAGAGUAACCCUCCACAGAAUGUCUGAAUUCUUGCAUUCUUUACCCUUCCAUCACUGUUUUGAUUCUUUUUUAAAAAAAAAAAACAACAAAUCAACCCAAACUCCCGCCGCCUCACUUCGUCUCUACAGAAUGUUCACAGCAAAACACGUUUGAUCUGUUUUUAGAUUCUUGAAGAGUAGUCUUUCAAGAUGUUUGUGUUUAAAGCUGGGAACCUGUUGGGAGUUCACAAGUGCUGCAUAUACUGGGUAGCAAAAGAAAAUGGAAAAAAUCCCACAAAACAAACUUAAAAAAAAAAAAGCAAAUUUGCCAAGGUUUAGCUGCUCAUUUACAUUAGUGUGUGCGCAUCUGUUCUGCCCCAUGAUGGUGAAUUUUGUUUCUUUCCCUUCCUAAGGCUGGGAUAUGGUGGGCGUCAGGGACUUUGUGCUAAGCCUGAUGAAAUGUGCUCUUUCAGCCUCCGUGAAAUCAUCCUAAUGUGGAGGCCUCAGCUACUCUGAGGAGAGAAAUCAGAUUUUGUUUUUUGAAAUCGAUUGGGAUCGAAAGCCUGAAAUAAAUAUUCAUACUUUACAUAGAACUGAGCACUCGGUUGCUAUUUAUUUUAAAGGCAGGGUUGUUGUUUCCCCCCCCCAGGGAAUGGGGCAAGUGGGGAAGCUGGGACUAGUGUGUGUGGAUUCUUAGUGAUGGGAACAGAGUUUAAAAUCACUAUGCCAAGUUGGUUGAUGCUGCUGGGGGGGAAAGGUCAAAACUACUGGUGACCACUGUUGGGAGGGAAACAUCUUUCAUAUAUUCAUGGCCUCCCCCUCAAAGAUACACUCUCACUAUGAGGUUGUUUUUGUUUUUUAGUAGCCACUUUUAAUUUAAUUACUCAGUAUUAAUCCUAGGUGCAUGUGUUAAGAUUUUGGUUUUCAUCGAGCUGCUUUUACUGAUAGCAAAAAACGUGGAUGAGUGUGCGACAUGACAUGGGUGACCGGCUCCCGCUCUCUUUAGUGGGUGUGAUCUGGAUUUGUUCUCCUUUUAGUGUUCUUUGGCUGUGGCACGCAAGCCAAGAUUGUGCAGAGCUCCCUAUAGGUGUGUCUCUUCUGGCAGGGCUGAGGGAGUUGACUGUGGGUUUCCAGACCAGGGAAGGUGAGGAGAUACUCCUACCAAGCAAUUGCUACAGCUUUGAUUUCCCCGGUCUCAAUCAUGUGAUGCUUCAAUCAAUAUCGAGACCCAGCAGCCUUCACUAUCCAGGGGCUUCAUAACCUGAAGGUAACUUUUGGUCGUUAAGAGGUCAGCCAGUUCAAGGAGGGCAUGACUUCUUAGAGUGGGAGAAACUCGUAAAAUCAAAUUUCAGAAGGAAAAUACAGCAAGGACUGCCUAUAGUCCUACUUAAGAUUCUUGUGCUCUAGUGUCAACUCCUUUUUCUUUAGAUCACAGCUCAGAAGGAACCAAAGGGCAGAUUAAGGAUGGGUAGGAUGGAUCCUAGGAUGGUCAGAGUAGGUGAUGCUUAUUUCCUUAGCUCCUCCUUCCUUUCUGAUCUCAGGGUUUUCAUUCGCUCUUCAAACUCUCCCAAACAUGUGCUAUCUAUUCCCAGCAGCCCUUUCUGGUCUCUAAAGCUUGGUCUGGUAUGAACUGGGAAUGUUCAACAUUCUAUGGUUCUUAUGGGACACUGUUGAGCCCUGGUGCCAGAAUCUGCAAUCUCCGUGUGGCUAGGGCUGCUACUUGCAUCCUGAAUCUAGCAAUUCCAGUCAGACUCAUGGAACAGAGCAGCUCUGUAACAACACUCUUCAGACUGACAAACUCAGAAAAGGGUACUGGAAUUACCUUUUUAUUCCCCACACUUCAUAAGUAAAGCUUCCAGAUAACCUGCAAAGCUUCUGGAGCCAAAGCUGCUCACAAUGUCCUCGGAUCUACAGCCUCCCACUUCGUCCCCCCUACCCCCCACGUUUACAGCCAGUAGCUUGGUCUUACUCUCUUGGAGCCCUAAAAUUAAGCCUUUCAAAUUCCCCUUACUGCUAAAGCAUCUCACUCCCAGCGCAGGCCAGGCACCUUGACAUUGUGGGAGGUGCUGUGCUGCUCAGCUGUCCCAUUGGGUCCUGUUGGCCUGUUGCACGUUGACUCAGGGAGCCAGAGCACCAAGUGGAGGUCGUACCUUUCAGCCCUUUGGGGCGUAGCUGUUGAGGACUGGGUUUGCCUCUGAUGAGUACAAUCAGUUCCAGAAGACUAGGGUAUGUUGACUUGCUAGCAGGUCACUCUAAUAGUUUAGACUGACUUUUAAAACCCAGAGGCUGGUUCCAGAGCUCUGUCCCUGAGAACACAUCCUGUGGAAAAAUACUUGAGAAUAUAAGUUUCUUCUGUUUGGGAGUGGAGGUCUCGGGCUCAAGCCAGAACUUUGUUGUGGUGAUUCUUGGUGUGACAUGAACUCAGAAUCCUGCGUUUUCAGACUCCUUUUCAUUCUCACGAAGGCCUCAUGCACAGUUCUGUGUUUUAGGCUGCGUGGAGAAAGUAUAAUAUCAUGAUUCCGUUGUUGCUUCUCUCUGUCUUUCCCUCUUCUUUCUCAUCAUUCCAGAGUUCUUUUCUAUUAGCCGCAAUUUCUGUAGUUCCUUCUUUCCUCUGCCCUGGCAAUUAUUUGCUUCUUUAUUUGCUGGUUUCCUUAUGUUUGGGGUAUAUACAGUAAGAGAUUGGAAGGGAAAAAUGUGUAGUUCUCACUGAACGUUAAUUCUCCACCUCUCCCAUCCUGAUAAACAAGGUUUACAUUUACAACUAAAAAAGAUUCAGAGAUGCAAUUUUCAACUAUUCUGAAACCAGCAGGACAUACCUGACUUUAAUAGUUUUAGCUGAAAUUGUAGAUGUUUUUCUUCAGUUUAACUUAUGAGAAAAGAUUAUCUGAUGCAUUUUGUGUUGACUUCCCCUUUAGUGGUUUAUUUUGUCUAUUUCUGCCCAUCUGUCUACUAAUAAAAUGUGAAAUAAAAUAUACCUGUAUUGCUACUUCC